UUCGUCCCUUUCCCCGUUUCGUUUCGUUUCUCUCUCUCUCUCUCUCUCUCUCUCUCUCUCCUACCUUUCCGUUUACUCGUCGCGGGUCGCCGCCGCCGGCUGCGUCCCCUUCCCAGCGCAUACGAAUCAAAUCGUUAAAAUUCUUCGCAGCACGACUCGAUUCCUGAUUCCCUGCCGUUCUCCCACGACGCGCGCGGCGCCCCCGCCGAUUUGGCGGCUUCUUGCGCGCGGGUACGUGUGUGUAUAUAUCGGCGUCUUUCUGGCAAAGCCCCUCGGCGGUUUUGUCGAUUCGGAUAUCGCGCCGGCGGGUUCCAUCCAUCCAGGGUGGGAUCUUGUGCUCCUUCUAGUGAAAUUCGUUUGAGAAGUUCCAACGUUGUUGAGGCGGAAAGAUGGGAGCUUUGGGUGGUGUCGCCUUUGUUUGAUCGGUUUGUUGUCCAUCGCCAUAAAAUUCUGUUGUUUGUUUGUUUGAGUCGAGUUUUUUUUUUGUUUCCUUCGCGGCGAUGCCAACUUGUUUAGACCAUUUUGCAGUCAAAACAAAAUCACCUUUUGUUCUAUGAUCGAGAGAAACACUGCAUUUUAUCAAACUUUUACACUGCCAUGGAUUCAUAAGUCAGACAGCCUACGCAGGUGUAAGUAGCAGCUAAAACUGCGGUUCUUCUGUAUUUGUGAGGAUUGGUCUCGUAAAAUCGAUUCUUGCCAUAGAUGUAUUCCAAUAAAUUGCUGCACAUUGAACAACCAGUUCCCUGAUUUGUUAUAUCUGUAGAUCUUAAGCAAGCAAAGGCACCCGCCCUUAUGUAACCUCUUACUGGCAUUUUUUAGGGAAACAAAUUGGCAUUUUGAUCAACAAAACUAUUAUACUUUUGCAGCAGGACUUGUGUGAGUGGAAGGUGAUUAUCUGCCAUAAGUCAUUGCACUAAGUCUGGCGAAGUUUGAGUGUCUGACAGUAAUGAGAGUUAGGUCCUCCUUGUGAAGGUUAAAUAGAUGAAGGCGCAUCAAAUUUGGCGGUUAGGCAUUAAGGAUAUGAAGGCUAUUCCACUGCCUCGCCCAAGAACUUCUCCGAAAAGACAUGUGUGGAUACCUGUCGUUGCUGCUUUUAUCUCCAUUGCGAUAGUAUGGGCAUAUCUCUAUCCUCCCCCGCAUUACACAUCUCCAAUGAGAGAUUGGCUUCCUGCGGAACCUGCCAGGGAAUUGACUGAUGAAGAGAGGGCCUUGCAUGUUGUUUUCAGACAGAUCCUAACAACACCUCCUGUACGAUCCAGGAAAUCAAAAAUAGCUUUCAUGUUCUUGACCCCGGGGACAUUACCAUUUGAAAGGUUAUGGGAUAAUUUUUUUGAGGGCCAUGAGGGAAGAUAUACUAUAUAUGUUCAUGCCUCAAGGGAGAAGCCUGAACAUGUCAGUCCCUUAUUUAUUGGUCGAGACAUACGCAGUGAAAAGGUAACUUGGGGUAAAAUUUCUAUGGUUGAUGCAGAGAGGAGGUUGUUGGCAAAUGCACUAGAGGACAUUGACAAUCAGCAUUUUGUGUUGCUGUCUGACAGUUGUGUUCCUUUGCACAAUUUUGACUAUGUGUAUGACUACCUGAUGGGUAUAAAUCUCAGUUUUAUUGACUGCUUUUAUGAUCCUGGACCUCAUGGAAAUUUUAGAUAUUCAAAGAAUAUGCUACCUGAGGUUAGAGAGACUGAUUUUAGAAAGGGUUCACAGUGGUUCUCAGUCAAGCGGCAACACGCGUUGAUGAUAAUUGCGGACAAUCUUUACUAUACUAAAUUCAAGCUUCAUUGCAGGCCUGGAAUGGAAGACGGUCGUAAUUGCUAUGCUGAUGAGCAUUAUUUGCCAACGCUAUUCCAUAUGAUGGACCCAGAUGGAAUUGCUAAGUGGUCUGUGACUCAUGUUGACUGGUCUGAAGGAAAAUGGCAUCCAAAAGCCUAUCGUUCAAAAGAUGUCACUUUUGAGCUUCUGAAGAAUAUAACUUCAAUUGACAUGAGUUACCAUGUCACCAGUGAUAGCAAGAAAGUGGUUACAGAGAACCCUUGCUUAUGGAAUGGAGCGAAGAGACCGUGCUACUUGUUUGCAAGGAAGUUCUACCCUGAAUCCAUAAACAACAUCUUGAACUUAUUCUCGAAUUAUACACUUUUUUGAGCUAUAUGGCGGCGCAGAAGCUACAGGAAUAUACAUAAAGCAUUCUGUUAUAGAAAUCUUUGUACAUUGGAGAAGAACAGCAGAUUGAUUAGCAAUAGCUGGGCAUAGAAAUAUGGGAGAAGGGUUUAGGGUGGUUCGGUUCAGAUGUACGAUGUCGGGCCCGUGCCACUCCUUUAGGAUCGUUAUUUUUCGUAGUUUCUUUCUCUCCUGAUUUUCAGCUGCAGAUUUUUGCCAUGUAGAUCGAGCUUAUUGUAACAAGGAAGAGCCAUUAUAUGAGAUCCUGUUCUCGAUUUAUUCAGAAGCUGUCACAUAGAUCUCCUACCUUUAUCAGCUCCAA